UGGCAGCCCAGCAGGAGCAGCAGGUGGUGGAACUGGAGGAAUGCAGGAGUUCUCCCAGGCCCGUUUCUCCUCCUCCUUCCCCACAUAUCUCCCUGCCCAGUGCCAGCUAAAUGGUGCCGACUCCGCCUUUUUCCUGCGCGAUAUCAGUCAGGAGGUUAUGCGCAACAGCAGCCUAUCAUCUCGCACUGAGCCCUUCUUUGUACACCGACUAGAGGCUGGCAUCAGUGCCCCGCAGUCACUGCCGAGUGUCAACUGCAGCUAUGGAAAUCUAACUGCUGAGCAGCCAAUCCCAGUGGACCUACUUCAGGGCCCACCUCCUCAUCUCUUGCUGACAGCCAACCAGGUGACUCUGAACUGGAAAGUCAAAGGUCAUGUGGUGGUGCCCAAAGUGGGGUCAACGCGCCCCUGGAUACAGGUACUAUUUUAUCUCACAGGACGGCGCUGGGAUGAGCCUGAUUCACCUCCUCUGGCCCUCCUCCCUUGCAUCAGGGCCUUGGCCAUCCGAGACCUUACUGAAACAGCGCCCUCUGCUGGCUGCCGACUUAUGGGAUCAUCUGGUAUCUGCGUUGUCCGUUUGGAGAUUCCACCAGCUUGGUUCAUGCCCCCUCAACUCAGAAAAAGACCUUCUGAAGUGACUUUGCCCUCACUGGAUGUGUAUUACUCAAUUGUACCAGUAGAGGGGCCUGGUCAUGACUGCCCUGCCAUUGUCAAUGAACCAUGGAGAGGUCAGAGCACAAAUGUCGGCCCUCUUGGAGGCUUGGGCCUUGGGGGACAGUGGAGCCCCAUAGUGGACGUGGGGCUUCAAGACAUGCAGAAAGCUGGUUCAGUGGCAAUGAUUGUGGGCCUGGUUUCAGCUAAAGGCAAGAGAUUGACAUUGGAUGAAAACGUAGAGGUUCUGGUGCCACCCAGCCCAGUCAGGCUCGGCAGGACAGUGGCAUUCGGUGUCUACAUGAAGACAGGUUCAAACGUAGAACAGUUUACACUGAGGGUGUGGUUCCAGUCAGGCAUCAACUUCCUUGCUGUGAAACCCAGCAACUUGGUUGAGUGGGAGAUCAAACAGGAAAUGUCACCGGGAAGCAGCUCGUUGGCGGUAAUUUGUCAGAGAAAGUCCUCCUCCACAGCACAAAGGCUCGAGUCUCCAUCAUAUGAGGUGAUGCAGUUGGACUUUGAAGUGGACAAUGUGAUCAACCUGGUUCCAACACAGACUCUUCACUGGAACACUGAGUACCCAGCGGGAACACAAACGACUCCCAGACAAACAGAGAAAGUGUCGCAUCUCUACAUCAGCAAUGCAGACAUACAGGGCAUUGUACCUCUGGCUGAGGACACAGACGUGGUGAACACAGCCAUUCUCACAGGUCGCUGGGUUGCAGUGCCCAUCAAACUGGUUACUGUGGAAACCGACGGACAGGUUCGGGAGGUGGACGACUCUGUCACCUGCAGCUCAACAGAUGUGGACGUGCUCAAGGUUUCCCCAAACUGUGACCAAGUUUUGGUGAAUGGUAAAGAAAUGCGGGGUCGGCAGUCUCUAGCAGUCAACUUCACUUACCUGCACCUGUCUGCACAGCUCCGGCUCACCGUCUGGGUUCCUAAACUACCCCUGCAAAUAGAUGUAUCAGAUACUGAGCUGAGCCAGGUCAAAGGCUGGAGGGUGCCAAUCAUUACAAACAAACGACCUACCAGAGACAGUGAAGAUGAUGACGAUGACGAGAAGAAGGGCAAAGGCUGCACCCUACAGUACCAAUAUGCAUUGGUGCGGGUUCUGACCCAUUUCGUCACAGAACCUUCUGACCCUGGAAGAGAGAUGGUCUACAUGUUGGGAGCAGAUUGGCAAGCCGAUAUCACUCACUUAGUCUUAGAUCAGCUAAAGGUAGAGGAUCCUCGUAUUGCAAGAUUGAUAGAUGGGCGGAUCUUGAUUGGGCGUGACCUUGGAAUCACCACCAUACAGGUUCUGUCCCCUCUGUCUGACUCAAUCCUGGCUGAGAAGACUGUGACUGUGUUGGAUGACAAGGUCACCAUCACAGACUUGGGUGUCCAGCUGGUUGCAUCUCUCUCCCUCAGUAUAACUGCUAGUCCUGGAAAUUAUCAAGCUAUACAGCUGACGACUACAGCUGCAGACCUACUGCACGUGCCCAAACAGGAAGCAGUGAUUAGUGCAUGGAUCCAAUACAGUGAUGGUUCAGUGACACCACUUGACAUCUAUGAUCCCAAAGAUUUCCUCCUCUCAGCUAUUUCAUUGGAUGAGAGCAUCAUCUCCAUAACCAAUCAGGACCAGCACUGGCCAGUCGUAGUGGCAGAGGGUGAGGGACAGGGAGCCCUGGUUCAGGCAGAGAUGGUUAUAUCUGAGACAUGUCAGAAAUCCAAAAGGAAGAGUGUGUUGGCUUCUGGAGUUGGAAAUGUGAUAGUGAAGUUUGGAGCAAAAACUGAGGUUGGGGGAGUAAUGGGAAGAGGUCGACAGGAGGAGAGUGGAGAAUCAGACAACCGUGCCAAUGAGCACAUUACAAAGGGGAAAGGAUGGAGGAGGGUGGAAUCCAGCAGUGCCGCAGCAGACCGAGAGGAAGGAGCCGUGAGGAAGAUUGGUACAACAACCAAAAGCACAGUAACCAACCGUGCAUCUGGUGGCAAAGGCACUAGUGGCGGCAGCAACAGCAGGGGUGGAGGUCCCAACCAAGCAAGGGACUACAGUGGGCACCCAGCACAAGUUAGAGAUACAGGAAUGGACAUGGUACUAUCCCAGAACAACAGAGGCCUGUCAGACCUGGAAAUUGGGAUGUAUGCCCUUCUGGGAGUAUUCUGUCUUGCAAUCAUGGUCUUCCUCAUCAACUGUGUCAGCUUUGCCUACAGGUACCGUCACAAGCAAGUCCCCGUCCUCGAAUCAGGAGGCAACAUGAAUCAUGCCCAUGACUGGGUGUGGCUUGGCAAUGAGGCUGACCUGUUAGGUGAUCACCCUGACCAAUGCCAGGGGGCUCUGCCAGAUGAAUGCACUACUAUCAUAGAUCGAAGUGAUGGUAGCUAUGAGGAGAGCAAGUUCCUGCUGAAUGGUGCUGGGAACAGCCUGGUGAUGGGUGUGGGCACGGGUAUGGGUACGAUCAGAGGAGGAGGUGGCCCAGGUGGGCCCCGGGGCAUCACCCAUGGACAAACCUUACCCAGAUCUGUUCCAGAACCCCAUCAGUGCCUUUCACCAAUUACAACUGGUGGAAAAGAUGCCACUGGCCAAGCGGAGCACCUGAAUAAUUCUCCUCGAGCUUCAGCUGCAGCCGUAGCUGCCAAACGAAAACGUGUGAAGUUCACCUCUUUUGCUACUGUUCUGCCCAACGAGAACACAGGCGGAAGCGGCUCAUACACCAACUCAUCAGUCCUGGUGACCAAUAGAAGCGAGGAUGAUAUCAAGUGGGUAUGCCAGGAUAUGGACCUAGGCCAGUCUGAAAUCAGAACCUACUUGGAGAGGCUACAAGACAAUCUGUGACUGACAGAGUCCAGACUGAGGAAAGAUGGGGCAGAGGAUGAGUGCCACAAAGGGGAGCUGAACAGCAAAUACAAUUCACCUUUAAUGCCUUUGCAAUGGAUGAAGGGAGUGGGGCUAGGAGUAAUUUAAAGGAAGUUAGGACUGAGAGAAAGGAUUUGUUUAGAAAGUGACAAAAAAAAUAUAGUGAAGCUUGGCAAUCGUAUGAGACAAUUAUUGACCAGUCAGGGGGAUGCUCAUAUCUAGCUUCUCUUUGUCUAAAGCCAACUGUCAUUAUGAGCUCAAACUAAAAUCAACAUGAGUAAACGAUGGAUGACAAUGAUUUUUAAAACAUUAUUUAUUGAGAAAAUAGA